UACAUACAAUAGGCACUCAUAUUAUGCAUGUACAUUAUACAUUUGCUGAAUAGCCAGUUACUUUCCUUUGAACAAUACUGGUCUAACGACUCAGGCGCAUUGUAUCAUCGAUCAAUUUCUCCGAUGUAACGAACAGACAGGUUAUUUGUAAACAUACUGCCCGACUGGAGAACAAUGAAAAAUGGAGAUUACCAGUUUUAUAUGCUUAGAAAACGUCAAGUAGCGUCAAUAUGCCGGCCAAAAGAGAGGCUCCUGAUGUGCGGUGGCUGUCAGAAGACCUGCUUGGACCCAGUGCCCGAAUGCAAGGGUGUCUGUAGGCCAGGCUGCUACUGCGCUGAUGACGAAGUCAGAAAUGCCACUGGACACUGCAUAAAGCUGUCGGAGUGUCCACCUUUGCCUGCAUCCUACAAACUGGAGACCACAGAGCCUCGGCCAGCGGACGCCAAGUGCCCUGACAACGAGGAGUACCGGUUCUGCGAGCCCUGCAACAAGACCUGCGACAACCCGCGCCCUGUCUGCCCUGCCCAGUGUUCGAGGGGCUGCUUCUGCAAAGACGACCUGGUCAGAGAUAAAGAUGGGAGAUGCGUGAAGCUGGAGAAGUGCUCUAAUAAAUCUUCUAACGAAAUCCCUCACUAUGCGCACACAGACAAGCCCAUCCAAAAGUGUGGACCGAACCAGAUCUUCAAGCCCUGCGAGAACUGCGAAAAGACCUGUUCCAGCCCUGACCCGCAGCGCUGCCCUGCCCAAUGCAGUAGAGGGUGCUUCUGUAAAGACGGUCUUUAUAAAGCCCCGAACGGAGAGUGCGUCACUCUGGACCAGUGUCCUAAAGCAGUACCACCACACCCGAGCCCUCCACCGAUCGCCUACGAGCUGACCUGUGGGCCUAACCAGGUCUUCAAGCCCUGUGAGAAUUGCGAGAAGACCUGCAGCAACCCCAGCCCUCAAUGCCCUGCCCAAUGCAGCCGAGGGUGCUUCUGCAAGGACGGCCUUUACAAAGCACCCGAUGGGGAGUGCGUCAAACUGGAGGACUGCCCGCGAGGUCUGUAGUUUAGACUCUUGGAUGGUAGAUUGCGUGAUGCUCAAGUAGGUCUAAUUUAGUGUUUCACCUUUUACUUUAACGUGCCUUUACUGGUUGGGACUUUUGAC